UCGACCGUAGUGUCUGCCAAGUAAAUGGAAAGAGGUGAUGGUUGGAGCGUCAGCUAUCCAUUCGUCAUCAUAUUAGUAUAAUUAUGCGGAUCUAACAAUAAUAUAACGAAUCAAAAUUAUUCGUACUUCAAGCACAUUUCAAUUUAAAGUGAUAAAGAUUUCUAAAUCAGUGAAAAUAACUUUCAACGCGAUUAGUUGAUCUUGUACGUGGCGUCAGUAAAUGAAAAUUUGUCCAUGAUUUGUUUGUCCUGAAAAAUUCAUAAAUAAAGCACAAAAUAUAGUUAAUGUGAAAUAAAAUAAUUAAUUAGUAAACUGGAUACAAUAUGAAAAAUAUAGACUGUAAAGGGUUGUACUUGACAAAAUAGUGACUUUGUAAAGAAUUACGUUGGUAACUAACAUUGCGGGAAAUAUAAGCAGACAUUUUGGCGCGCGUUUUCUAGUUACUUAAUAGCCGGCAGAUGGCAACUACCGGUAUAUGUAUACAUCCAUGAACUAACAUUGUCACAUAUCGUACUAAUACUGAUGCAUAAAUACGAAGUAGUAGCUAUCUGGUCUGUGUGCUUGAAACAGUGCUAGCGCGCUAGCUGUCCACUAUUACCAUCUACACCAAUCAAUCACACGAGCCGGCCUCGUGUCCACUGAUCUCAACAAAAUCUGACUAUUUCCACGAAAAUAAUGGACACGAGUUCGUGUUUGUCACAAUGACCAUCCGCAACAAAUUUUAACGAUAUAGAAAUUGCCAGUGGGGCUUUAAAUUGAUAAAAUCGUUAUUGUGGAUGGUGCGUUGUCGGCGUUAUACGACGAAAAGAGGAGGUAGUUGUGUGUUUCCGUCGACACAGAAAAUGGACACCAUUGGAGCACGAUAGGAGUUGCUUUCUGUAAGAGGGAGACGUUUCCUUGGAUGGCAAUGGCUCACAUUACGAAAGUAUAACACGCUGUCGUACCAGGCGACAUACCCCCGGAAGAGUGUGGACUAACAUCUCAAAAUAUAACACAUUCUCUAAACCAAGUCUCGAUUCAAGAUGCCACGUGUAAGAAGACAAGUAAUCCUGGAAGAUCCUUCCAGGCCAGUCACACCUGAUAUGACACAAACAAAAUUAAUAAAAUCAGAAUUCCUUGAUGGAAAUUCAUUGGAUGAACUUGAAACACAGAAAGUUGCUGAGGAAACUCCUAGUCCUCAUUUACAAGAUCAUCAAUAUGGGCAAACACCUUGCUAUCAAGUAACAAGAAAACCUGCCCAACCAUUACCUAGACCAGAACAAAUAUCAGUUCAGGCUGUAAAAAGAAGACUUAAUUUGGAAGUAGCAUCAACUGCAAAUAAUCAAUCGGCUUUUAAAGCACCAAGAGUUAAACGACGAAGAUCAGGCUCUAAUUCAUUUUCUAAUCAUACUCCUACAAAAAGUAAAAAUUUAGAAAGAACGAGAUAUGAUACUUCAUUAAGUUUAUUAACAAAAAAAUUUAUAAAUUUAGUAGAAAGCAGUAAAGAUGGUGUAGUAGAUUUAAAUGUUGCUUCUGAAAAACUAGGAGUACAAAAACGAAGGAUAUAUGAUAUCACAAAUGUCUUAGAAGGAAUAGGCAUACUAGAGAAAAAAAGUAAAAAUAAUAUACAAUGGAAAGGUGGUGAACUACCAGGCGAGAGAAAUAAUAUUUUAGAAUUAAGACGAGAAUUAGCUGAUUUGGAAGCAAAAGAAAAUGCUUUAGAUAGUUUAAUCCUUGAUGCAGAAGAAAGCUUGAGAGAAUUGUGCUCCGAUGAUAGACGAUACGCUUAUGUUACUUACCACGACUUACGUUCAGUUGCAGCGUAUCGAGACCAAGCCAUUAUGGCAGUUAAAGCACCUCCAGAAGCCACUCUUCAUGUACCACAACCUGUAAAUUACUGUGGACAACCUAAGCUACAAAUCCAUAUGCGAUCAACACAUGGUGAAAUUGAAGUAUUUCUAUGUCCUGAUGAUUCUACGGCAAAAACUUCAAGUCCUUCAUUAAUACCUUCGCAUCAUUCGAUAUCACCUAUAAAAUGUAACGAUUUACCUCGAUUACCUUCAGAACUACUAGUGAAUCACGAGCAAACAAAUCUUACAUCAACUAACGCCAAGUCCGAGUAUUUCUCUGCAAAAAGUGGUACAAAUGUUUCCAAUACAAAGUCAUUGACAACCUUACCAGGAUUAAGAGAUGCACUUUUAAGUGAAUCUGAUGAUUUUGAACCAAUGGGAGGUGGCAGGUUCCAACUGCAGACUGAAGAUCAAAAUACAACAGAUAUGAAUAUUCUCGACUUUGGUGAAUCCUUACUGUCUUUGGAACCACCGCUCUCAGAGAGUGACUAUUCGUUUUCUUUGGCCUCAGGUGAAGGUCUCUCAGAUCUCUUCGAUUUUCCUUUCUGAAUGAUUUCCUCAAAAAGAUCAUAGAAUCUUGAGAAAAUCAAUCGUGUAUCUUUUUAUCGUAAAUCUGAGUUCGUUUCCCUACUUCAUUAACAAAUGACUGAUAUGAAUUCAGCUGUAGGAAAUAAAAACAUAGUCGAGAUGAAAAUUUAAAAAGAAAAUUAAAAACCAGUGGAUGCUAACAAUCGAAACGGUCGAUCUCGCUUUCGACUUUCAAAAUGUCAUCAGUUGUAUGAUGAUUAUUCAAUAAUGAAUUUAAAUUAUUUGUUAAGUUUAUUAUAAUUUUUACAAAUUAGGCAAUGAAAAUGAGAAUGCACAGAAAAACAUAUCACAUAUAUGUGAAUUGAUGCACUUAAAAAAUUUUCUAUUUAUAAUGUGGUAAAGUUAUUAAACUUUUCCGUGCAAUGUAUCAAAGUAUGUAACAUAAUAAUGAAGAAAUAUAAGUAUGUAAUGAGAAAAUUAAUUAAUGUUAAAAAAAAGCACCCUUUGAUUGUAUAUUUAUAUUACAUAAUUAUGAUUCAUUGUAAAUUAUUUUCAUCAUUAAA